UUUCUUUUUACGUUAAGAUAAUAACAAAAAGAAACUUUGUUUGGGGGUUUGUUAGUAAUAAUAACAAUAACAUUAACAUCCUCGAUUCACUAGUCUUAGAAUAGGGUGGUGGUGGACCUUACUUAGGAAGUUCAGGAAACACAGGGACUGAGGGAGGUAUAUCAGGUGGAAUGCAGCAUGAUGGUAUAAUAGGCAAGAUCUAGACUCCAUCAGCUACCAGUGUUUUUGAUCAAGAUGUUCACCAAAAUUUUCAAUAUAAAUAACAUGAUGUAUAUCCGUUGCUUGAGUACCAUUACUUUAUUUCAACGACAAUUAUGGGCCAUUGGUAUAAAGAGAUGGCUUUAUCAUACAUCUACUGUUAAUCAAAGUGCCAUAUGGAAAGUAUAUAAAAACAGACCAAAUUCUAAAUACAGAGAAAGAGAAAAGGUUAAUUUAUCCAGUGCAAAACGGUUAAGUAUCCAGUUGUUAAAAAGGCACAAGACAAAAGACUCAUUUGAUGACGGCAAUGUUGAUGAUAAUAUUAUAGGUACUAUUACCAAGUUAGGCAGUGAUUUUAGCCCCAAAAGACACCAACUACUGUUCAAUCUUGAGUGUGAAUUGGGCAAAAAGCUUGAAAAAUCAGAAAUAACAAUCGAAACAGCUUUAAGAGUUGCUGAAGAGUUUCUACAUGUAGAAUAUAGACAAACCAAGUUUUUGAGUUCUUUGUUCACAUCUGUUGAUCAAAAUUUUUCUGCACAGAUAACAAAUCAUGACAUAGUCAUAAAAUUAAUGUUUUAUAUAUAUUUACAUGGAUAUGUCCCUAAGUCACUCAUGUUGCAGGUAGAGGAAUAUUUAGAAGAAAAGUUGGAUGAAUUCAGUUUAAAUGACAUUGGAGUUGUAUGUCUUGGAUUUUUCCGAACUAAAACCAGGUUGAAAUCACCAGUUCUGUUACAAAAUAUUGGAGAUAAACUUUUAUGCAACCUGAAGAAGGCACAUGAUAAUGAUUUGAUUAAUAUUUUGAAAUGCCUGAAAUUUUCUGGGUAUUUGAAAGUUGAUUUUUUUGAAGAUUUGUCAGAAAGAUUAAUUACCUGUAAAAGAAUUGAACAAAUAAGCAACCCACAAAUACUAAUGCAUAUUGCUUGUUUCUAUGCUGGUAGUAUUAUUUCAGAUGAUGAACUUUUUGAUAAGCUAAUGAACCGUUUUCUACAGAUGCUUCAAAUUGAUUUCAAGGUUAGAUGUAAAGAUAUUGCUCGAUUUAUUUGGGCGUGUGGAAUGGUACAGUACAAACCUGAAGAAAGAAGAAACUCUUAUUUUGAUAUGAUAGAAUAUUUUAAGGAAUAUGGUAUAAAACCAAGAAGUCUGCUACAACAGGAAUCGAUUGUUGAUCUUUUGAUGGGUCUGGUAUAUCUAAAGAUCUUUCCAUAUCAUCUCUUUGAAAAGAUUUUCAGCACUGAUGUUUCUACAAAAUUAAUUUCAGGAAAUGGGGUAUUAGAGAAAAGAUCACAGUUAUAUCUAUUACACUGUACUAUAGAUAUUGAGUGUCCUGAUUAUACAGGUGUAAGACUUAAUUCUGAUUUAGUACAUGCAGUUCACAAAUCUCAGGCUUCAUAUUUGGAGAAAGAUAUACAGAAUGUUUAUAAAACAGUAGUAGAAGAUAUAUAUGGAACACUACAAGACAUGUUCGGAAAAAGUAAUAUUAAACACUAUAGAAUAUUGCCUCACUUUAAUACGAAAGAUAUAGAGUUGCAUUUUGACGAAAAUGAUUUUGUGAUGCCAUUAAAACAACAACCAUAUAAUCCAAUACUGCCAUCAGUUUCUGUUAAUAAUGAUGUAAAAGAUAACAGUGCAGUUUGUAAAAGAGUUUUGAUUGAAGUACUGGGGAGGAAUCAGAUGUUAGCUAACAGUACUAAAUUUACUGGUCAUUAUAAAACAAAGUUCAGACAGUUAAAAAAAUUAGGUUACCAAAUUCUUCUGAUUUUAGCAGAUGAUGGGUGGAUGUUAGUAAAUAUGUCAACAGAAGAGAGACAAAAAUAUAUUAGCAGGAGGUUUAAAGAGGACCUAAAUAUAGACAUUACAAGUGCUACUAAAUCUAUACACGAAAGAACUAAAACUGUGUGAUAUAAAUUUGUACACAGUAUUGUGAUACGUUUUAUUCCAAUAAUAAAUGAUAAAUUUGAAAUAGAAUAAAAUGAUAUUUAACAUCUAA